UUUUUGUGUAAAAAAUCAGCUGUACGUCGUGUAAACAAUUAAUUUGCAAACAUUGUAAAUUUAAAGAAUGUUGCAACGGAUGUAUGGUCAGGCAAAUGUGGAAAACCCACGCUAUGGACAGCUCAUCAUUGGACCACCUGGGUCCGGUAAAACCACAUAUUGCAAUGAGGCGUACAAAUUCUACAAGGAACUUGGCCGCCAGGUUGGCGUUGUUAAUUUGGACCCCGCAAAUGACAACAUGGCAUACCAGCCAGUAAUUAAUAUAAUGGAGCUUAUCACUGUAGAGGAUUGCAUGGAGCACCUGCAGCUGGGUCCAAAUGGCGCACUAAUGCACUGUGCCGAGUAUCUGUUGGAUCAUAUAGAGGAUUGGCUGAUACCGGCGCUGCGUAAGCUUAGCGUUACACACAAUUACUUUCUCUUUGAUUGUCCGGGACAAAUCGAGCUGUAUACGCAUCACAAUGCUAUGGCGAGUGUGUUUGAACGUCUGGAGCAAGAACGUUAUAGUUUGGUUACAGUGAAUCUCAUUGAUUCGCAUUACUGCUCAGAGCCAACAAAGUUUAUUGCCACGCUGUUAAUGGCGCUAAAUACAAUGUUGCGCAUGAGCCUGCCGCAUGUGAAUGUGCUUUCCAAGGCGGAUCUCCUGCGUAAGCAUGAGUCCAAGCUGCACUUCAAUGUGGAUUACUACACAGAUGUGCUGGAUCUUAAGUAUUUGUUGGAGAAAGUUGACGAUGACCCCACCAUGCGCAAAUAUCAAAAGCUAAACGAGGCCAUUUGUUCAAUGGUCGAGGACUAUGCUUUGGUAUCAUUUCAGCUGCUUGACGCUUUUAGCACGGAUAGCAUGCUUAGACUGCGAAAUCAUAUUGAUAAGGCAAAUGGUUAUGUAUAUAGAGCAGGAGAGGAACAAACUGUAAACGCAUUGCUGGCCUGUGCUGUAGGCGCUGAGACGGAAGCCACGCGGCAACAGUAUGAUGUUGAUCCCUAUACGCAACCGCAGUAAGCAGUGGUGUUUUGAGAAAUGUGAAUAAAUAGUUUUAACUUGCAUUAUCCUUAUCUUU